AUGUUUGGGAAUGCUGUGACAAGUGAACUUUUGUUUGGUUGCCGCAAGCUGACAGCCAGCGAAGCACUCCAUUUUGGAUUAGUUACCCGCAUAUUGUGGCCAGAUCGUUUUCAAGAAGAACUCAUUCCUGUUAUUCGCAGUAUGGCUACUCAAUCAGCUCAGUCCAUGGAAGCCACCAAAGCAUUGCUGAGGCACAGUUUGCGUACUAAGCUAGAUGCUGCUCUUGAAUCUGAAACCCAUCUCCUUGUUCAGCAUUGGAUUAGUGCUGAAUGUCAAGCAAGUUUCAAGAAGUUCUUGGAUGAUGAAGAUGUAGGACUGCAGAAGCAGCGAGUUGAGGCUUGA